AUGGGUAUUAAAGCCAGUGUACGGAACGAUAACCUGCAGGAGGUUGAGGAGGAGGGCCCAUUGGUCGACCUCGAAGAAUUUGCGCUCCUUGAUCAGGUCGGUUUAAAGGUGUUGUCGUACCCUGCAUGCUCGGUAGAUUAUGUCCAGUACCAGCAG